AUGUAUGUGGAGCGAGAACGCAUGAUUGACGAGCGUGACGCAAAGCUGAUCCUGGGAAAGCUGAUGACUCAAGUGUUUGGCACUUCUCGCCGCGGUCGAGAAGAAGCAAACCUCUUCAAGUGGGUUCGCUGUAUCUGGGCUACGAAGAUAUCAUCCUACCCUUGGAGUUCGAGGCUAUGUGUUCAGCAUGGUACUCAAUCGUACUACAAGACACGUUUCGAUGCGCCUGGCACUGGUAGCAGACGACCCAGCUACAACUGCGCGCUGGUGGAAAUGGAUCGCUCUCUUGCUUUGAUUUCGAUUGGGAGCAUGAGUGCCGCGGACGUGGAGGCGUUUUCGGCUGUUUUGGCUUCUGAUCACCCCGAAGAGUAUCUUUCUGGAUCUCCACGUGGAGUAGUUGGUCGACCACGCAGGGGGUUCCGUGCUCUGCAAUUUGACUCUGAGAUCCCGUUCGUGCGAACUUUCAGCGACGAUGGCGAGAGCGAGUGGGUGAACGUGUUGAUUCCUGGCUACGGCCGAUGCAACGUCGACCUGGAGUUUGAUGGUUCGAAAGUAGAGAUCGGUGAUUCAGGGGGCGUGACAACACUGACAAUUGGCUUUGACAAGCUGGACCCAUCCAACUCAGAUGGCCUGUGCGAUUUCCUGAAAGUGGUUGGGCCUUCACUACUGUUUCUGACGAUUGAUGGUCCAAUCGAAAACCUGAACGCGAACAUGAUUCUCCAACAUUGCCCGAACUUGGUGGAGUUGGCAUUGUGCACAUUGUUCAUUGAUGUACGACUCAACGUUGUCGAGUUGCGCGCAAACUGCCAGACAAUACCACCACUACACCGGUAUUGGUAUUUCAUCGAAGAUCUUGCGUCCGCUAUGAGCAACGAGGCCCAUCCAUUUUCUAAGUGUGUGCGGCGGCUUCGAGUUCGUCUCGUCGAGGCGUGGCCUGGGUGGGAUAUCGUUCCUGCUAACUUCUACCCUGCGCUUUCCGACACCGAUUUCAGUGCGAUGCUCGAGAUGCUGAAGGUCAACCGAAGCCUGGAAUACCUCGAUGUGGUUGUGGACCACCACGACCUCCGAUACUUGAAGGAAUUCAGGAAAUACCACUUGGAGCCGAUAAAUCGAUCGCUGAGACUCCCGAUAGAGAGCAAGAUUGCGUUUUGA